AAGUUUUAGACGAUAGGAGACUUGCGGAUUUCAUCAUGCCUUCCGCAACCGGCUCAAACUGGGAGAAGUACCAGAAGACUUUUGCCGACGAUGAGGUAGAAGAGAAGAAGAUCACACCUCUAACAGAUGAGGAUAUCCAGGUCCUCAAGACCUACGGUGCGGCGCCUUAUGGAACGUCUAUCAAGAAGCUUGAAAAGCAAAUUAAGGAGAAACAACAAAGCGUCGAUGAGAAGAUUGGAGUCAAGGAAUCCGACACAGGACUUGCGCCACCGCAUCUAUGGGAUAUCGCUGCCGAUCGCCAACGAAUGUCCGAAGAGCAGCCCUUUCAAGUAGCUCGCUGUACGAAGAUUAUCGCCGACGAGAAGGGCGAUGAGUCCAAGAGCAAGUAUGUCAUCAACGUCAAACAGAUCGCAAAGUUUGUCGUACAGCUUGGAGAACGGGUCAGCCCCACGGAUAUCGAGGAGGGCAUGCGGGUCGGUGUCGAUAGGAACAAGUACCAGAUCAUGCUUCCGCUGCCGCCCAAGAUCGACGCGAGUGUAACGAUGAUGACCGUGGAAGAGAAGCCUGACGUCACCUACGGCGAUGUUGGUGGUUGCAAGGAGCAGGUCGAAAAGCUGAGAGAAGUCGUGGAGAUGCCCCUGCUGUCCCCCGAGCGUUUUGUGAACCUUGGUAUCGACCCUCCCAAGGGUGCCCUGCUCUACGGCCCUCCAGGAACCGGAAAGACUCUUUGUGCACGAGCUGUUGCCAACCGAACAGACGCUACCUUUAUCCGAGUUAUUGGUAGUGAGUUGGUCCAGAAGUACGUCGGUGAGGGUGCCAGGAUGGUCAGAGAAUUGUUCGAGAUGGCUCGGACAAAGAAGGCUUGCAUUAUCUUCUUUGAUGAAAUCGAUGCCAUUGGUGGUGCCCGAUUUGACGACGGUGCUGGCGGAGACAAUGAAGUUCAACGUACUAUGCUUGAGCUAAUUACCCAGCUUGACGGUUUCGACGCCCGAGGAAACAUCAAGGUCAUGUUCGCGACCAACAGACCCUCGACAUUGGAUCCUGCCCUGAUGCGACCUGGACGUAUCGAUCGAAAGAUCGAGUUCUCAUUGCCUGAUCUCGAAGGCCGUGCCAACAUUCUCCGCAUCCACGCAAAGUCCAUGUCUGUUGAGCGAGACAUCCGAUGGGAGCUCAUCUCACGUCUUUGCCCCAACGCAACAGGUGCUGAGCUGCGCAGUGUGUGCACUGAAGCCGGUAUGUAUGCCAUCCGCGCCAGGAGAAAGGUUGCCUCGGAGAAGGAUUUCCUCAGCGCGGUAGACAAGGUUAUUAAGGGCAACCUCAAGUUCAACUCUACAGCGACGUACAUGCAGUACAACUAG